AUGUUCGGUACAAAGCCUGCGGGCACAUCAACCGGCCUGUCCAUCAACACCGGUUCUGCCAAUUCUCUAUUCACUACUACAACACCGGCGACCACUACUACCUCGGGCGGGCUUUUCGGUAACCUUGGAAAUACUGCGACUCAGUCAAAGCCGGCCGGUGGCCUAUUUGGAAACGCCGGCGGCGCUACACAACAAUCUCAGCCUACCGGUUCGAGUCUGUUUCCGGGAUUAGGUGGCCAGCAGUCGAAUACUACUUCAACUGGUGGAGGUCUGUUUGGGAACUCUACUGCGACGACUUCGCAGCCACAGUCAGGUGGUCUUUUCUCGGGAGCCACGACCACGACCAACACACAAAGCGGGAACACCGGUGGAGGACUGUUUGGCAACUUGGGCGGUAACACCGCAAACCAGACGCAAUCAAAGCCACUUUUCGGUGGACUUGGGGGUUCUACAACUACUGGCGGGGGCCUAUUUGGAGGCGCCAACCAAACUAGCGCGCAGCAGCAGCAGCAACAAACACAGAAGCCUACUCUGUCUUUAUUCGGAAACCAGAAUACCACAACGCAACCAACGACACAACCCACGGCAGCGGCCGGGACAACGGUCAUCCCUGGGGUCAAAGUCGAUAUCAGCAACAUUCUUCCCACAACGAAAUACGAGAGCUGCGCAGAUGAGAUCAAAUCGGAGUUGGAAAAGUUUGAUAACUUUGUCCUUAACCAAAUCAAGAUCUGCAAUGAGGUUGCGAAUAUGAUACCCACCAUCGCCGGCCAGGGAGAGACGAUUCCCAAUGACGUUGAGUUUGUCCAGGGAAAAUUAGAGACAAUGCAGCACGCACUCGAGAAUGACGCAGGUGACAUUGAUCAGCUGCGUAAUCUUGUGUCUCGCGACGCGGCUGAGGCUCAAGUUGCAUUCCGAGCGAUUGAUACCUUGAAGUUGCCACUGCAGUAUCAAUCUACCGGUGGGGCUGGAUGGUGGUCUCAAGAUCAGAAGAUGUCAGAUGGACAAGCAUUGAGAUCUACGCGCAAGAACACUCUAGCUCUCCCGGACGAUGUUGAAAGCGACCCGUCCACUGCCACAUCUGUGAACGGGGUACCCGUCAACUUGGUUGACUACUUCUCUCAGCGCUCUGACGAGAUGGGAGAGGUCCUGGAACGCUACACACGAAAUUUGAAAGAGAUUGAAGACCACCUUCACGGAGUUGAGGCGACUUUGGAACGACAGAUCCAUGACUUUGUGACAUCUCGUAGUCGAGAUGGAGCAGCCGCUGGAGCCCCCAAGUCCAUUGUCAGCGAGCUUGCCACCGUUCUAGGCGAUGUUGAGGCUGGCAUACUAGGCGUGGCCAGCCGUCUCGGUGGAGUUACCGAGCAAGUGCAAGAGGUGGUUCUGGGCCCGCCCUCUGUUUCAUGA